AAUUGGAUUUUAAAUGUUUAUAAUCAAGGCGAACAAAUUUGUCUAUAUAAAAAUUUAAAUUAAUUUAUAGGUUUUAAAAUCCUUAUUGUUCAAUAGGUUAACGAAUAAAUAUUUAAAAAGAUUAUCUUGAUGCUAAUAAAAAUUUAAUCAGCCCUGGUGAAUGUGUUAUGUUGCAGCCCUGGAACUUGUGAAAUUAACAGCUGUAGCGCGUCGGCUUGGAAAUUAUUUUCGCAACUCAUAUUAUUGUCUUAAAAAACACAUAUUAAAAUAAUAAGUUUAUUGAUGGCUGCGAGUAAUACAGUUGGAAGUGAGGACCAAAAGCUGUCGGACAUAUUUUUAAGUGGCUGGAACAUCUUUGACGAGCUGGAAGUUACCGAACUGCCCUUCAAUGGCAGUGAAUUUCAGAACAAAGUAAAGCAGGCAAUGAGCCUCUUCGAGCAAGCUACAGUGAUUGUUAACCAGGUGAAUAUGUUCAGUUCCAACGAGAUGAUCGACGAAGUCUCCACGGAAUCGUUGCCUUUUAUGCUGCUCCCUUACUUCCUGGGAAAGCUGACCACCAAGAUCAACAGCCCCAAUAGCACACAAUCUAUAGAUCUGGGGGAAAUUUACUUUAAGGACCAUCUGCAACGCUGCCAGGAGUACGAACUAUGUCCGGCACCAAAGUCUGAAGUGGCCCAGGCAGACAGCCAGGCUGGAAAAAGCGAACAGCGAGAGCUAAUAGAGGCAGCCUUCAAUAGGAACGACAAAAUAGCCCAGUAUCGCCGAUUGAAAGAGAUUGAUGAGUAUAUUGCGAAAAUACGUGAUGGAGUCAAGAACAAAACGGCUGACGAUGAGUCAAAGCGGGCUUUCUUCCUAAAGUAUUUGGACAAGAGUAUCAUAGACUCCAAGCAGGAACUAGAAUCAUUAGGCGUAAUGAAGCAACUGGCCCAGAUGCGUCUUUCGCGAAUGGCUGGUGGCCAAGCGGACAAUGAAGUGGACAGUUUCCGUCCAUCAAACCAACAUCAACCAUCUGUAUCGUCCACUUCCCGUGGUCAUGGACACAGUCAUGGACCCGGACAUCACCACCAUCAUCAGCAGGCCACAAAACCGAAGCCCUUGCAGCCCUUCAUUAUUACCCGCAAUGCCACGCAGAAGGCGGUAUUCGGUCUGGGUUACCCAAGUUUACCCAUCAUGACUGUGAAUGAGUUUUACCAGCAGCGUGUCGACGAAGGCAUCUUUCCCGACGAGGAGAAAGUGGCCAAGAUGAAUCAGGAACAGGCUAUCGCCGCAGCCCGCGAUCCAAACGAACAGGAAGAUGAAGAAAAAGCCAUCGAGGAACUACAGGCGGAGCAGGAUGAUCCUGAGUAUCUGGACCGCAUGAGGCGCAUGGAUGAGUACAAGGAUGUUGUGCGUCGCGGUGACGGAAACCGCCAUAACCGUAGUUAAGUAUUUUUAUAAAAAUAAAUAAAAUGGAUGAUCUAGAAGAUACUAUCCUACAAUAAACUCA